AUGAGGAACGUGAGGAACGUGAGGAACGUGUUGAACAGACUCGGCUGGUUCCUCUCCAACUCUGAGCUCAUGUUCCUCGUCUGCCAGGAAACUGCACACUCUGACACCCCAGGGUUCCUCACAGGUUCCUCAGAGACUCGCAACAAACCUGUGGAACAAGUUAGGACACCUUUGGACAGUUUAGAAGGUUGUGGAACCUCGUGGAACCAUCUGCUUACCGAGUUCCUCUGGCUGCAGGUUCACACCCUCUGCAGGUUCCUCAGAGCACUGCAGGUUACAGAGCCGUGUUCUGCUUUUCAGCCUCCGGCAGCGCCGCUCAGGUCGGCGGCUCGCCGACAGGAAGCGGCUCAUCGACAGGAAGGUGGUCGACAGGAAGCGGCUGAAGAGCCAGAGGAGGAGAGCUCAGCUGAUCAGGGACCAAACGGGACCAAAGUGGCGUUCGGUCCUCGCCGAGGCGGCCCUGCUGAUGGCGCCGAGCCUCCCGGUCCCACCGCCGGCCUCAUCGUGACCUCUGACCUGCAGACAGCCGGAGACCAAAGAGCUGCUGAGGAUCAGCCGCUGCACAGGGACGCAGAGGAAGAGGAGGAGACGGUGAUGAAGGCCGCUGAGCACCUGGGCCCCCAGCAGGGGGUGCUGCUGGCUCUGGACGUCUCCUUGUUCUACCUGCAGGCCGACGGCCUCCUGUCGUCCAUCAGCAGGAAGCGACGAGGAUCAGCUGAUCAGACAGACGACAUCAUCGCUCAGAUCCGUAGGUUGCAGCAGAGUGUGAGUCGGCUGUCUGGACUUCAUCCCACACUGGAGCUCAGAGUGAAGCAGAAGGAGGAGGAGGUGCUGCACUGCUGGAGCAGAGUGGCGGCUGCAGGUCCAGUCAGCUGUGACGAUGUCGGAGCUGAGCUCAGAUCAGCGCUACAGUCCACAACCUCCACCGACAAGACUCUGUGCUGGCUGAACGACAGCGAGCCCGGCCUGCAGCCAAUCAGCUGCCAGGAGGCGGAGUCUGCCAGGCCUGCACACGAGCACAGCCUGAGGUCGCCUCUGACUCUGCGGAUCAACGCGCUGCUGUCCAGGUGUGCGGAGCUCAGUAUGGACGUCCUGGACGCCGAGAGCGAGCUGCUGCUCAGGUGUGAGCCGGACAGGUCGGACCUGGACGGACUGCAGGAGCUGCAGCGAAGACUGGAGGGGGAGCAGCUGCUCGUCAGACAGGAAGUGGAGCGGCUGCUGACCUCUGACCUGCGGGCGGAGCGGCAGGAGGCGGCCCUGCAGGCCCAGGAGGAGCUGGGCUGCAGUCUGGCCGACAACAGGGAGGCUCUGCUGCAGCUGGAGAGGCUCCGGGGCUUCCUGAGGUCCUACCUGGACAUGAUUUCCUGGGCUGAGGAGACUCGAGCUCGUGUUUUGUCGGAGGCGGUGAUGCAGAGGUUGAGUCGGCCGGAGUGGGACCGGCUGGACCGAGCGAUCCAGCAGAAGUUUGAAGACUUUGAUGAUCUGGUUGAAUCUGGUCGAAGGCUUGUCACAGACAGACGUCACCUGGCGGACAGCAUAAAGGAAAGGACUGAAGAAUUGCAAAGCAUGCUGGGAUGGAUUUUGGUGCACUGGAGGGCUCAGAAGGAGCAGCUCAGCCACACAGAGCCAGAUUCACCAGGGGACGAGCUUCCACAUCCAACCCAGCUUCAGCCUCCGUCGGCACCGGACGAGUCGGCAGCUCACCAACAGGAAGCAGCUGAAGAGCCAGAGGAGGAGAGCUCAGCUGUUCAGGGACCAAACGGGAACAAAGUGGCGUUCGGUCCUCGCCGAGGCGGCUCUGCUGACGGCGCCGAGCCUCCCGGUCCCACCGCCGCUGGCCUCGUCGUGACCGCCGACCCGCAGACAGCCAGAGACCAAAGAGCUGCUGAGGAUCAGCCGCUGCACAGGGUCAGAACUUUUCUUCAAGUCCCAGAUGGAAACAGUUCAGACUCCAGCCCUAAAACCAACUCCGCCCCACUCCCUCCAUCAGGGAGCCCGGCGGCGUCCCGCCUCAGCCUGGAGCCGGCCGGCGGUGGCGGUGGGGGGAAGAGGGGAGGAGGAGGAGGAGAGUGAGCAGCCUGACCAUAG